UUUCCUGUCACUAGAAAGUAGAUCUGGCUAUGAUUGUUUCUUAGGAACGCUCGUGCCUGGUGACACGACACACAAACGGAAAUUCACAUUUAUCUUUUUGGCUGCUGGUUGGUGACGCGCUCUUCAGUUCCCCUUCGCUUUAACGGCACAAAAAGAGCUGAAGGAUUUGAAGCUGCACGAUGGAUAUAUUGGUGAAAGAAGGCUUGCUGUUUUUGCAAGGAGUCAAAUUUGGAAAGAAGGUCUGGAAGAAGAUCUGGGUGAUGGUGUUUAAGCCCAGCCAGGUGGGCAUCGGUCGCAUUGAGAUGUAUGACAUGCGGGAAGGAGCGAGCGGGGCUGCGAAGCUUGCCAUACUGAAGAAAUCUGAGAAGCGGGUGAUCCGGCUGACAGAGUGCCUCAGCGUGACGCCGGCGCUGGGUGAAAGCUGCCCGGCAGGCUACGCUGCAUUUUACCUCAACACAGCUCAGCGCAUCUACACGCUGGCGGCACCGAUUCAGGAUGAGUGGGUACCCGCCCUCUGCUCUCUGGCAUUUCAGUGGAACGAGGGAGGUGGCGAGGCCAGGCGCUUACAAGGAGAUGCUGAUCUUAAUGGUGAUGCACCCAUGACAGAAAAUGACCUCUACUCCUCCUUGAAUCCAGGUCAGUUCCAGGUGAAGGUGAUGAGCACGGAGGCAUCCAUGCGUUGCUGCAUGUUCGGCACGUACCUGCUUUCCCCUGAAAAAGACUCCCUGUGCCUGCUGAACAUGAAGACAGGCCAUGUUGCGUUCUCCUGGCCGUAUCGCUUUCUCCGCAGAUUUGGCCUGAUCAAGGAAGGAAUAACGAUCGAGGUAGGCCGUCGUUGCCAAACAGGAGAGGGCCUCUUCAUUUUCGUCUCCAAGCAGGGUCCACAGAUCUACCGGGCUAUCGAGGAGGCCAUCAUGCAUCAAAGCGUGCAAGACCUGCUGUCCAAAGCUACUGCUCUGCCGCAAGACGAUCCGGUCAAACCGCCGGUGCAGACGCCCAGUCCGGAACCUACAAAGAUAGCCGUUUCUCGAAGACACCUUGCUCUUCCUGCACUUCCCGGAACAAAACCCCCUGUCAGAAUCCUUCAACCUGAAUGUGGUCAAGCGGUGUAUGCCAAGGUGAAGCCUCUGCCCAAACCGAGGAAUAUAUCGGCACCUCCACCUUUGCCUGUGCCUGAACUUGUGCCUGAGCCAGAGAUUGAGACAACGGCAAAAGAUAUGGACAUUAGUGACGAGGAACCUGACUAUGAGUCCUGUGACUUGUACCAGAAAUCCCAGCCAAUGCAGGACACUGACACUCAGUUGUACAGCACAGUGAAUCCUCUGCUUCGUAACAGAAGAAAACAGAACACGGACACCAACCAAGAGCCUCCUAAAAGCAGCCGUCAGUCUCCCGCAUUCGAUGACGCCGAAGUCCCGGUUAGUUUCAAACAAAUCCUAUCCAACAUUCUCUUCAAAGACAUGAGCAGGGUUUCACCGACUCCUCCAACCAAAUACGAAGAGAGCGAAGAUCUCUUGGCUGAACCGGAUUACUACGAGAUCAAGAAAUGAUCAAACCGCUAUUCAAAACAACCCAAAGCUCAUGUGUUCGAAAGGUUUGACGCAACAUGGAUCUGAUUUCCCAGCUGUUGUAAAGCUUUUGUGCAUAAAUGCUUUUUCUGUCAGGUCUCAAUUCAAUUUCUCUGGUACCAUGUGUACGAUGGAGCUUAAAAUAAUGCAGUUUGAUGACUGGUACAACACUAUCGCGAAAAGAAUCGUCCCGAUAACGUCUCUGACUACCGAACAGUAUGGCACAGAUGUGUUCUCUCGUUUCGGGAGUGUCAUGACUGAAGGUCAAAGUUUCAUUCUCUGUUCAGUGUUCGAUUAAAUGAAAACGUUAUGUCACUUUUUACUCCAACAUCUUAAAGCUACAUUUGCAAGGACUUUCUGGUGUCUGUCAAAAAAUGCAUUCUUCUGUGUUUAGUGCUGAUGAUCAGUUUCUAAAAACCAACACGAACGAUGAGCAGUCACAAAGACCGUCUUCUAUUGACAAGCAUCAGCGAACGAUACGUCAAAAAGUGUGACACGGCAUCGCGUUUCUGCGUCAAACUGCGUUUGUUCACCAGCACCUCGUUCUCAUUGAACUGAAUGGUUUGUGGGUGCGACAGAAUGUAUUUAUUGCACUGUAGCUGAUAAAAUAUCUUUUGAGGGUUACGUUAUGAAAGUAUUGGCACCCCAGCUGUGCUUGGGUCACUUGCUGCUGAUGCUGUUGCUUUUGUGCUGAAUAGUUCACCCUGUUAUAAGACAACCGACUAAGCCAAGAACAUUUUAAUGUUCGUUCAGUUAUAUGUCUAUUUUUAAAAUAUCCUAUCAACUAAAAUCAACAUUUUGAGGGCGUACCGUUCUAACUGUACUCAUUUGUAGUUAUCAAAAUGUUGACAAAUUGACUUUGUCCAACGGGCACUUGAAUAACAUACAGAUGGCUCUGGAUUCGGUUCUCAGAAUUGGCCCCAACCCUGAGCUCACGAUUAGAUCCAGAACCUUCCUUUGCACAAUACAUCGAGUGACUGCAAUAAAAUUGAAAGUACAUCAGGAAUACUGUUCUUGAAGGUGAUGCGUGUGGUACGCAUCAAGUAACAACGUGUAAUAUAAAACAUAAUAUCUGUAUUAAUAUUUUAUCCUCACAGAAUGUGAAUGUUAACAGUGUACAUAUGCAAACAAUAAAUGCUUUUUUUUUUUUUUGCCUGGUAAAUUAAGGUUUUUAUUCAACAAUGUCAGUCGGUAAAAAAAUUAUAUGACAUAUCAACAGCAGUUGGUUCAUUGGCAGUGGAUUUAUGUUCUGCAUGGAUGUAAAUCACAAUGCUCAAGUAAUAAAGUG